AUGGAUUAUAAAGCUCAUAUUUCUAAUUUAAAGUUUUUCACUAAUAGUAAUUAUCAAUCAGAAUUUGUUUUUGCUACAAUUUUGUUAAUAGGUUAUUUGAAUGAUGGGAUUUCAAGUAAAGAUCUUGAGUGGAUCUCUGUUGAUUUACAGGACAACUAUGGAAUCGAAGCUUCUAUUACUUUAGAAAAGCUCAUUGAUUACAAGAUGAUUAGAGUUAUAAACGAAUCUUCUGGUGAUUUUCUCAGCAGUUUAGGUUUAACAAAGCAGAAGAAGAAAGCCAUACCUGAUGAAUUGGACAUUGAAGAGGAUAAGAAUAUUGGAAUAUCUGGUGGCAGAGAUGCUUUUAGAAGUAACUACACUUUGAUCAAUAAAUUCUGGAACUUGCAUCCAUUUGAGGAUGAAGAUGCAGAACAACAGGACAUGAAUGAAAGUGGUACAAAUGAACUGACAAAUUUAUUAGAUUUAUACCCAAAUCCGUCAUUUGCAUUACCAGGAAAUACGGUUCCAUUGCUUUAUCGUUUUGUCGAAUCUUUAUACUUUAGGGAUUUCUUAAAGUAUAAACCGGUCAACAACCUCAAGAGAAGACCAAAUUGGGAUAAUUUAGGCGUUAAUACCAUGUUUGCUGGUGACACUGUUGAUUUGAAUCUAGAGAAAGUGAAUGAUGACAAGUCAGAAUACCUUGUGAUUGUAAUUAUUGGUGGUAUUACUAGAAGUGAAAUAACAUGUUUCAAAUACUUACAGGAGAGGUUUAAGAAACAAGGCAAAUCCAAGAAACUCAUUGUCUUGACCAAUGGUAUUGUCAAUAGUAACAAGCUUUGGAAAUUCAUGUCAGAGUAA